UAUCUCAAAAAUUUAUAAUAAUGUAGAAUUGUAGACAUAUAAUUUUUGGAAACGAAAAUUCCAAUUUUAUGUACAUUUUCCGGUUGAAAUUCGCCGCAACUACUAAAGGAAAUGUAAAAUGACCUAAAAAUAUUAGGAGUGCUUCCCUCCCUUUUUUUUCUCCUAUUGGAUUGAUUUGAGAAGUGAAAAUGGCGAUUGCACGAACUGGUGUUUACGUUGAUGAUUACUUGGAAUAUGCUAGCACAUUACCAGCGGAGCUUCAGAGACUUCUCAAUACCAUUCGUGAGCUUGAUGAGCGUUCUCAAGGAAUGAUUAAUCAGACAAGGCAGCAAACGAAGUUUUACUUAGGAAUUUCGAGUCAGAGCUCGAAGAAAGGUCCUAAUGGUGAAGAUGAGGUCGGGGUUGCAAAGUUGCGGAAAGAAAUAGAAGGAACCCAAGAUAAUGCAUUAAGCCUUUGCACUGAGAAGGUUUUACUAGCUCGACAAGCUUAUGAUCUCAUAGAUAGCCAUAUAAAGCGUCUAGAUGAAGACCUAAACUACUUUGCUGAAGAUCUAAAACAAGAGGGAAAAUUAGCACCAGAUGAGCCUGCCAUUCUUCCACCCCUUCCCAUAGUUACAGCACCAAAACCUGAAAAGCAGAGGAGUGCAUAUGGAGCACCUCACUCAAGGCGCUUUAAUUAUAGAGAUUGGGACCGUGAGCCAGACAAAGAUUCAGAAUUGAUGCCACCUCCUGGUAGUCACAAAAGGGAUUUCCCUGUCCCUGUUGAUACUGAUCAACCCAUUGAUCCAAAUGAACCAAUCUACUGUGUUUGUCAUCAGGUUUCCUUUGGAGAUAUGAUAGCAUGUGACAAUGAAGCUUGCCAAGGUGGAGAAUGGUUCCACUACGCAUGUGUUGGACUAACGCCCGAGACAAGAUUCAAAGGGAAGUGGUACUGUCCAACUUGCCGAGAGCUCCCACAAUUCCGGUCUUGAAUCACUUGUCUGUGUUUUAGCCAACUCACAAGCCAGGUUUGACGAACAAAAUCUUACUCAGUACCCAUGAAAACGAUACUGUUAAGUUAACUGUCUUCUCAGAUUCUGCGUGUUUUUAGGCCACAUUGUAGGUGCAUAAAGGGGAAAACAAGCUUCCCAGAUGGUGGGACUUUUGGUUUUACUGUUAAUUAUGUUUAUUAGUUGUAAAUAUGAUGGCCUUGGGGUUUUGUCUCCGACAGUUUGAAAGAUGUAAUAAGCUGUGGACCAUUAAACUCAUGAUUAGCUAUUUCUUCCAAUUAAAGUUUGUAUUUGUUUUUCUA